AUGAACAUUUCUACUUCAACCUUUUCAACGAAAAGAAGAGGGCUUAAGAAAGUUGAGGAAGAGGAGAAUGCUGCCACUCUGCAAUUGGGUGAAGAGUUUCAGCUGAAACAAGUGAAUCAUCAUGGUGUUGAGGAAGAACUCAUUGCAUUAAACCUAAGUGAAGCUCGCUUAGUGAUCAAAGAGGCACUCGAACAGCGUAAGAAGCUGUUUAAGCAGUGGAAUAACAAAGGUGACGCUAUGGAUGCCGACGACGAUGAAUUUGAAGAUGCUCACACGCAAACGCAGGAGAAAGAACUACAAAGCAUUGACAAACUUCUCGAAGCCACAACUGGCGGGAACAACCAAGCGUUGAAGCAAACAAUGGUAUAUCUUACAAAUUUCUCGCGAUUCAGAGAUCAGGAGACAGUGACUGCCGUUACACAACUUUUGCAGAGUACGAAUCUGCAUCCCUUCGAAAUCGCUCAGCUGGGUUCACUUUCUUGCGAAGACGCUGACGAAGCCAAAACUUUAAUCCCUAGUCUCAACUCUAAGAUAUCUGAUGAUGAUUUGGAGAGAAUACUUAAAGAACUAUCUAACCUUGAAACUCUAUAUUAG